UAAAGGGAUUGGGCAUGUAUGAGUGUCCCGCCUCCUACAAAGAGAACUCUGCUCAGGAGAGAAAGCUGUUGGCCAUGGUUGGCCGCUUCCGCCGUGAGUUCGCAGACCUCUUCCCUGACCGAAGGCCUCUGCUGCUCUGUCCUUUCAAUGAGUUUGGUAUUAGGAAGUUUGUGUGUACAACCCUGCGGCCCACAAUGGUGCCCUAUCCUGAUCUGUAUGACUGGGACACCUGUGCCUCCUUUGUAGCCGACCACCUCUCACUGGAACUCCUAGAGCCGCCCAUCGACCCGCCCAGGUACCUGCUGUCCCCCACCUUGGUUCUGCACCACCACAGGGGCACUUGUUUUGACUUCUCCACCCUGCUGUGCAGCCUGCUGCUUGGUGAUGGCUACGACGCCUACUGUGUCAGUGGGUACGCAGUCAAAGAAAUCUGUCAGCGUGACCAGAGCCUGCAGGAGUGCCCUCUGCUGGUCACUGAGGUCAAGGAUACGAUACCAGAGCAGGAACCAGAGCAGGUGAAUAAAUACACUGUAAAGCCUCUCUGGGAGCCUAAGAGUUGCUUUGAGCAGAAGCAACAGGAAGAGGCCAAGGCACUGCAGCUGAAAAAACAACAUGAGGCUCAACUGCUUCAGGAGGAAAGCGAGCAACCCCCUCCGGACCCAUUGUUGGGUUGUCGAGUGCACUGCUGGGUCCUGGUGCUGUCAGGGCGCCGGGACGUCACAGAGAACUUCUUCAUCGACCCACUACGUGGGCAGCGCUACUCCACCACCAACGAGAAGUUCCUGGGCAUCGAUAGCAUCUGGAACAGCGUGAACUACUGGGUCAACAUGCAGGACUGCAGUCAGGGCUGUGCUAAUAUAGUGUAUGACUUGGAAAACACAAUGAUGUGGGAAUCUGUCAUCUCUGGCUCAGCUGCCCAAACACUGUCAGUCAGCUCCUUUAAAGAGUCUGAGAUGGCCUUCCUCAAUGACGAUGAGGAGGAGCAGGACGAGGAACCCAAACUGUUUGUGAUGCCGUGGUCCUGGGUGAGUGAGAUCACCAUCUCAAAAGAAGAAGUGCAUGCUCGCUGGCCAGACGGCAUGGGGGUGACCCACUAUCGUAAGGCUAAGCUGGAAAGAUAUUCUCCCUACCUGCUGCCAGACGGCCUGAUGACACGCCUCACCACAUACAAAGACCUAAAAUGCACCAAGGCCAGCAUGGUGAAGGAGGGGUACCAGAAUAGAAACGACCGCCUAGAAGAGAGGGAGCUAAACAUGGAUGACAAUGUCACCACAGAACGCUUUGGACGCUUUGCACGCUUCAGCCUCAAAUCCCACAGGUAUGUGACCUACAACACGGACACUGAGCGUGAGAUGGAGUUCUACAGCUGCGGGCGUUACGAUAAGCUAGUGCGGAGGGUGGAGUCUCCAGGUGAGAUGACAGAGACCUUCCAGGGUCGGAGGGACUUCCUCUACUACCGGCAUGUCAUCUUCGCUCAGCAAGUGUUGGAACCAGGAGAGAUGCCUGAGUCGGAUGUCCGACCACUGCAGAAAGUGGUGGAACGUUUCCAAAGGAACAGAGCUAAGCCAGCAAGUGAAGAUGUGGCGGAGCGAGUCUUCCUACUGACUGAAGGGCGAAUACAAGUGACCUGUCAUUUUCCAGAUGAUCGCCUCUUCCGGGCAAAGAGGAUCUUCACUAAACCACGAGACGAAACAAGACAGAAGUACUCCAUAACAGACUUGGUUUUUAUCCCCAUGCCAGAUCCAUUUGAGAAGCCUCCAGGCACCUUGCGACUGUAUCGGAUGCUGAAGGAACUGAUGGAGGAGGAGACAACAAUGAUUGAAAGUGUCAACGAGUCUCAGAAAGAGAUAAGAGCCAUCUUAGCCUCCAGAGAGCAGGAGGAGAGUAACAUUGAGCUGAGGUCCUCUGUCUACCAAGCAGUCUGCAUUGAGAAGGCCCGUCGCUUUAAAAAGGAUAUGGAGCGUAUCGCAGAGGAGGAGCGGCUGUGGCGGCAGGAGAGGGAGAAUGACAUCUUGGCUCCUUUCCUGAUGAAGCUGGGCAACACAGAGAUUCUGUGCCAAACUGCUGCUGUGCAGGUCCACAGAGAUUGUCUGGCCUCCUUAAAACAAAAACUGACAGCUCAAGCCAACCACAUACAGAAACGCUGUGAGAAGUUGGAGCAGGAGCUGCAGCAGAAACAAGAGUGGCACCAGCAGAACCUGGCCAACAUGACCAAAGAGGAUGAGGACAAGUACCUGGCAGACUGCCAUGACACCAUGUUCAUGGUGCAUGUUGCAAAGUUAAGACUCAGCAGGCAUGAAGCCACAGCUCCUCUCAAGUACCAGGCCCUUGAUGAGAAGCUGCGACGAGACCCCAGAUUGGCCCCUCACCUGCACUAAUGAGCCCAUCGCAGCCUCCCCACAUCAGGCCUAAAUCAGAGCUAAACUGUUGUAUUUUUCUAACCUGAAUUUACAUACUGUGGUGCUUACAGUGUUUCUCAUUUGCUUUGGCCGAUUUGUCAAAUGAUGACAAAAACAGUGCGUGAAAGCUUCCACACCAUUUGUUCAUUUGUUCACAACGAAUGAGAAUUAUUUAUUCUUUUAAACAAAUUGCAAAUGUUUCAUAACAUUUACAUUAAUAACUAAGUACAGUAAUCUG